AUGGCUGCAGCGUGGUGCCUGGUGAUGGUGGCCUCAGGCCUGGGCUUGGCCAGAGCAGGUCCUGUCCCCACCUCCAAGCCCCACUCAACAGGGAAGGGCUGUGACAUUGGCAGGUUUGAAUAUCUGCCACCAACAGAGUGGAAGACCUUCAGGAAAGCCAAGGAUGCCUUGGAAAAUUCACUGAAAAACCAGAGCUGCAGCUCCUGCCUAUUUCCCAGACCCUGGACGCUGACACAGCUGCAAGUAUCGGAGCGCCCUGUGGCCUUGGAGGCUGAGUUGGCCUUAACACUGAAGGUCCUGGAGUCUGUGGCUGACUCAUCCCUGGAGGACAUGCUGAACCAGCCCCUUCACAUGCUGCACUACAUCCACUCUGAGGUCCAGGCCUGUGUUUCAGCUCUGCCCACCUCAGGCUCCAGGCCCCAUGGCCUCCUCCAGCCCUGGCUUAACCAGCUCCAGAGGGUCCCAAAGAGGGUGUCUCGAGACUGCCUUGAAGCCACUGUCACAUUCAACCUCUUCCGCCUCCUCAAACAGGACCUGAAUUGUGUCGCCAGGGGAGAUCUGUGUGUCUGA